GUCUAUGUUAAAAUUUAAAAAAAAAGAAUAAUUUUGUGUUAUGGAAUUCAGUGUUGUUGAUUUAUUUUGCGAUUUUCAAUAAAAACAUUGCGGAGUAUUUAAUUUGUAUUCGUUUUUGAACAUCCAACAAAAUUGCUUCCACAAUGACUGUAACGCGGGUGGCAGAGUCCCGCACAGAAUUCAAACUAAAGAGCCUUCCAGAGGACGCGAUAUCGAGUGUGAAAUUCGCCCCAAAAUCAAAUCAGUUUCUUUUAGUAUCCUCGUGGGACUGUUCUGUGAGACUGUACGAUGUUUCAGCUAACGUUGAAAGGCACAAAUAUAACCACGAACUACCAGUGCUCGAUGUUUGCUUCAGGGAUGCAGUCCACUCCUACAGUGGUGGUAUAGACCAAACACUCAAAAUGUAUGACUUGAAUGCAAGCAGUGAGACAGUGCUCGGUGAACAUAAAGGCGCUAUCAGAUGUGUGGAGUUUGCAGGCGAGGUGAAUGCGGUGCUGACGGGCAGCUGGGAUGGCACCGUCAAGAUGUGGGAUAGCAGAGUACCCAACUGUGUUGGAACUUACAACCAGGGGAAUGAGAGAGUGUACACAAUGAGCAUAGUGGGCGAGAAGUUCGUAGUAGGCACGUCGGGACGCAAGAUCUUCGUGUGGGACGUGCGCAACAUGGGCCACGUGAGCCAGCGCCGCGAGUCCUCGCUCAAGUACCAGACGCGCUGCAUCCGCGUGUUCCCCAACAAGCAGGGCUACGUGCUGAGCUCCAUCGAGGGCCGGGUUGCGGUGGAGUAUCUGGACAGCAACCCCGAGGUGCAGAAGAAGAAGUACGCCUUCAAAUGUCAUAGGAUCAAAGAUGGCGGGCUAGAAAAAAUAUACCCAGUCAAUGCUAUAAGUUUUCACUCCGUAUACAAUACAUUUGCGACGGGCGGCUCGGAUGGCUACGUCAACAUUUGGGAUGGCUUCAACAAGAAGAGACUGUGCCAAUUCCACAGAUACAACACAGCGGUAUCGUCCCUCUCGUUCUCGCACGACGGCUCAGCACUAGCCAUCGCGUGCUCACAGCUAGACGAGUCUCAAGCCGAGGAGCCCAAGCCGGAGGACAUCGUUUACAUCCGCUACGUCACCGACCAGGAGACCAAGCCCAAAUAGACCAGCAUAACGCUCGCCUCCACCACACUGCUACCAUGGCUAAACUAACAGUGUCAAGUUUAAGAUACAUUAUACCCGAAUUUGAAAUAGUUUUUUUUACAAAAAAGGGGUACGCACGGCAAUGUAGUGGGGACAAGGGGGGAAAGCUCUCAUCCCAUGGACAAAGUGAAAGUGUUGCCAAAGUAAUUGGGAAAUUAUACGGCUAAAACAUUAAUUUAGGCUUGCGAUCUUUAAGUGUAUUCAAAUCAAACCAAUGUAUCUACAUUAUAGUGGUAUAGUCUUUCUCGUUCUUACACAGUAAGGAUGGGUAAGUAAAAGCUGUAACUAUAUGUUGUCCCCCUUCUACUAACUGCAGGGGUAAAAAUAGGGGAUUGAAAUUUGUGUAGUGCAUGUGGACAAAAUUGCGGGUAUUUGCUAGUAAACUAUAAAAUAAUGAUCACAAUCGAAUGUGUAUAAACCUUAGUAUUGUUUGUUGUUUUACUGAUUUAGCUUAAUUUUAUAUUGUAAAGGGUAACAGUGAAGCGGUUAUGUAGUUUUGUGGUGUAAUUGAACUCAAGAGUGCAGUGAUUUUAGUUUUUAAGUGACGCGUCAUCUGUGAAAUUAAGAAAAUAAAAUAAGUUAAAAUUUUUAA